AUGGCUAAAAUUCGUGAGCCAGUUCCUUUAAGACAUGUUCAAACGGGCAUUAAAUACCGAUAUAUAAUUUCAAUUGUGUCAAAGGGCAUUGGUUUCUGGAAUUCCUACAUAAGAACCCCUGAGUACCUUAAUCGGGAGCCCGAAAAACGUCCUAUUACGGCAGAGGAACUGGCGAAACACAAAACUGAAAAUGACAUGUGGAUUGGAUUACGAAAUGGCACAUCUGUGGAAGUGUUUGAUGUGACGCCAUUUGCUAAAUAUCAUCCUGGUGGAGCGGAAAUUCUUGCUCAAUAUGCCGGUACAGAUGCCACUGAGGCCUUCCGAUGUGCUCACGCAUACAUAAGUCCAUACAUGAUUCACCGACUGAAGAAGGGCCAUCUUGUUUCGUCCAGCUCUCUCUCUCCAUCCAUGAACAUAAUGCCAGUACAGCUUCCGCCAUUUAAGGAACAACCAGCAACAAGACCAAGAUGGGAUUGGAUUACUUCGCCCGACGAAUGUCUGGUGACCUUUGAGAUAGCUUUGAGGAGACCGCUUGUAUCCCUUCGGCCUUCCAGCCACCUCAUAGCUACUGCAAAAUCGGAUGAAUCUGAUUAUCGACGCAUAAUCCUACAAAUCUUCAUUAUGCUAGACAAAGAAUACUACUUCCUUAAAUUCCGACUUCUGCCACAGUUGAAGCCCGAUUUGCAUAGCAUGCGUUUCGACCGACAAUUUUCAUACUUCUCGGUCGAUCCACACAUGUACUUGGACUUGAAGUCCUCUGAACAGCCAUCUGGUUUACAAUUCAGCACGCUAGGAAGCGUUCUCCACGAUGAACUCCUCAGUUUCUCCGAUGCAUUUGAACGAGUUGGUCUUAUGGAAUGCGAAGUUGUCUCCUCCGAACGCCUGGAUGGGUCGCCUUAUCGACUGCUUCGGCUGAAGUGGCUAGUGGGGCAGGCACACCUGCCCAUUCCCCUUUUGCAUCAUGUCCUCCUCUGUGUGAAAGAUAGCAAUGGCUUGGUCCAUAUGCGACCCUAUACUCCUACUUGUGUCAACCUUUCCCCGGAAGAGGGGAAAAUGUCAGAUCCGACGAAAUUCGAUAUUCUUGUCAAAGUCUACCCCAAUGGCAAUGUCUCCAGUUUACUGGACAAUGCGGUAAAAGGUUCCGUGGUCAAAGUCAGUCUACCUCGAUGCCAACUUGGUGCCAGCGUCCUACUGAGCCGUUGCGGUGAUCUAUUCAGGCCGUGGCCAUCUGUGUGUAUGUUGUGCGGGGGUAGCGGAAUAACACCCUUUUUACCCUUGAUUCAGUACCUUUUGGCUCUGCAUGAAUCUCGUCUCUAUCUCCUCUGGUUCAAUCGACGGGAGGAGGAUUUGAUUCUGCGCUCGCAACUCGAUGAUCUCGCCGCAUCGUCAGGUGAUCAGCUUCAGGUACAUUAUUGGUUGGUGGAGCCCGAGGAAAGGAUCAAGACAUGCAAGCAAUUAAAUGUCACCAUCGGUGGGAUUGAAGGCAUAACAUCUCCUGAAUCGUUUGGUACCUUUUUGAACACAUCUGCCACCUCUCUCUUGUGUCUGAUUUGUGGACCGCAAGGAUUCAACUCGGCCGCUAGCGCAUUGGCACAGGUCUGGGGCAUUCCGAGCUCCAAUGUGCAUAUUCUGCAGUGA